AUGACAUGCUAUGAGGCUGCAAGUGGUGGUCAUUUGAGCACACUCAAAUAUGCCCAUGAACAUGGUUGCCCCUGGAAUGUAGAUACUUGUGAAGAAGCUGCAAAAUUUGGUCACUUGGAUGUGCUCAAAUAUGCCCAUGAACAUGAUUGCCCCUGGGAUCGAGACACAUGCUCUGCUGCUGCCAAAAAUGGCCAUUUGGAUGUGCUCAGAUAUGCCCAUGAGAAUGGUUGUCCAUGGGGUCCAUCAACCUGUGAAGCUGCUGCUGAAAAUGGCCAUAUGGACGUGCUCAGAUAUGCCCAUGAGAAUGAUUGCCCAUGGGGUCCAUCAACAUGUGCGGCUGCUGCAUCUGUUGGUCAGUUGGAUGUGCUGAAAUGGUUGCAUGAGAAUCAAUGCCCAUGGAAUGAAGAAACUUGUGAAGAAGCUGCAAAAGGUGGUCAUUUGGACGUGCUCAGAUAUGCCCAUGAGAAUGGUUGCCCAUGCGGUCCAUCGACAUACGUGGCUGCUGUUUAUGGUUGUCAGUUGGAUGUGCUGCAAUGGUUGCAUGAAAAUCAAUGCCCGUGGAAUUAUGAAGCGUUCCACUCUGCUGCCUCACAUGGUAAUUUAGAAAUUCUGAAGUGGUUGUGUGAAAAGGAAUCGCCAUGGACUGAGGAGGCAUUUGCCAUUGCAGCCAAGUAUGGCCACUUGAAUGUUCUUAAGUGGGGCCAUAAAAAUGGAUAUGAUUGGGACGAGCAAGCAUGCUCAGAUGCUGCAGCUGGUGGGCAUCUCAGAAUCUUGGAAUGGUUACACAAGAAAGAAUACCCUUGGGAUGCUAGAACAUGCUCUGCUGCUGCUGGGGGCGGGCAUUUGGAUGUUUUGAGAUGGGCCCGUGCCAACGGUUGUCCAUGGGAUUCCACAACAUGUGCUGCCGCUGCCAGAAAUGGAUCUUUGGAUAUUUUGAAAUGGGCCCGUGCCCGUGGUUGUCCUUGGGAUGCGACAACAUGUGCUGCUGCUGCUGCUGGCAUUGGGUCUUUGGAUAUUUUGAAGUGGGCCCGUGCCCAUGGUUGUCCUUGGGAUGCGAGAACAUGCUCUGAGGCAAGACAGCGAAGAAAUCCAGAAUACGUAGCUUGGUGUAUUGAAAAUGGUUGCCCAGAUGGCAGUAACAGCAACAGAGGUUGA